UUUUUUUUUUUUUUAUAAAGCUACUCUUAUUUAUUUAUUUUGUUUUUUUAUUUUUCUUUUUUAUUUAUUUUUAGUCACAAGGUUAAUUCAAAUAAAUAAAAUAUGGGAGCAAUCCUAAGUUGUAUUGCAUUACCCUCUUUAACGGCAGUUGGAACAUGGAUUACAGGCUGCUUUUCUGCCGCAGCAUGUUCAUUAGCCUGUAAAAGUUGUAAUUGUAACAAUUCAAUAGCUACUCGAAUUGGUUAUGCUAUUAUUUUCUUGUUCAACUCAAUUCUUGCAUGGCUUAUGCUAUCCAAUUGGGCGAUUAAGCAACUAGAACAUCUUACACUUGAUUACAUGAAGUUUGACUGUGCAGAAGGAAGUUGUUAUGGUGUUAUAGGUGUUCAUCGAGUCUCUUUUGCACUUGUAUUAUUCCAUGCUAUUUUAGGUUGUUUAUUAAUAGGUGUUCAUGAUAGUCGACAAAAAAGAGCAGCGAUUCAAAAUGGCUGGUGGGGACCAAAGAUACUUGCUUGGAUUAUUCUCUUAGUGAUCUCGUUUUUUAUCCCUAGUGGGUUCUUUAUGGGAUGGGGUAAUUAUGUCGCAUUAUUUGGAGCUGCUAUUUUUAUUCUUUUUGGACUUGUUUUACUCGUUGAUUUUGCUCAUAGUUGGACAGAACGAUGUAUGGAAAAUUAUGAAUAUCAAGAAUCUAAUAUAUGGAAAUAUAUAUUAAUUAUUGGGACUUUAUUGAUGUUUGCUGGUGCUAUUACUUUGACGGGUAUCAUGUAUGGUUUCUUUGCUACAAACGGAUGCUCUUUAAAUCAAUUCUUUGUGACAUUAAAUUUGAUACUCUGUGUGUUUGUAACAUUAUUAUGUAUUUCACCUCGUAUUCAAGAAGGUAAUCCUAGAUCCGGACUUUCACAAGCGUCUAUUGUUGUUAUCUAUUGUACAUAUCUAGUUCUCUCUGCUGUUGCGAAUGAACCUAAUGAUAAAGAAUGUAAUCCUUUACGUAGAUCGAUUGGCCCUCAAACAACUUCCAUUGUUCUAGGAGCUAUCUUUACUUUCUUGGCUGUUGCCUACUCUACAAGUCGUGCUGCGACUCAAGAUGGUGCAUUGAUUAGUAGAUCAUCAGGUAGACCAAGACUUGAUGACUAUGAACCGUUGGAUACAUCAAGUGCUGUACCAUUAAUGGCAAAUCAAGUAGAAGCAGGUGUCCAACGUAUGAAUACACAAAAUGCUCGUGAACAUUUAAUUGCUGCUGUAGAAGCUGGUGCUUUACCUCGAUCAGUAUUAUAUGAAGAAGAAAAUGAGGAUGAUUCAGAUAGUAAUAUUGAUGACAAAGAUGAUGAAAGAUAUGGAUCUUUAUAUAAUUAUGCUUUCUUUCAUUUUGUAUUCGCCAUUGCUGCUAUGUAUGUCUCGAUGGUAUUGACAAACUGGAACACGAUUCAAUUUAAUGAUGGAGUAGGACAUGAUGGAGGAGAUUUGGUUAGAAUUGGACAAAGUUACACUGCAGUAUGGGUUAAAAUUGUUUCAGGUUGGAUCUGUCAUUUAAUCUACAUUUGGUCUUUAGUUGCACCAGUGUUAAUGCCUGAAAACUUUGCGGAUUAUUAAAAGGUUAAAUACUAUAGUGUAUAAUAUAUGAUGAACGAGUUAUUUAAAAAAUAAAAUAAAAUAAAACA